AUGGAAAGCCGGUGGAGUAGUGACCAGGCAGAACUGGAGGCGGGGUGCGCGGCGGUGUCAGACGCGAGCUCAGUGGUGUCGUCGAGCUCGACGCUAGUUGGAGAGCCGGGAUCGAAAGUGGCGGCAUUUCCGCCGGCGCGGCCGCACAGGCGGGCGAUUUCGGCGCUCGCUAUUGGACGCACGAUGCCGGGCCCUGCAGGUGCCCUGGGGCCUGUAGGCGCGAUUGGUAGCGCCAGGCCUGUGGGUUCGCCGAGCUCGGUAAACUCUGCGGGGUCUGCCGGGUCCCAGAGCCCGCAAACGCUGCCCUUUCUGAUGCGAUCCAAUAGUAACCCUUCGCUGCCAUCUUUCAAGGCCAAAGAGAUGCGCCUGCCGCUGCCCGAGGGCGCACAAAGCAUGGCCGCUGUGGAGCUGGUUUCUUUGCUGGACAGCGAGCCCGCCGAGAAGUUGCUGGUCCUGGACGUGCGCCCCUUUGUGGACUUUUGCAGGGCCACGAUCCAGAACGCAUUGCACGUAUGCCUGCCGUCCACGCUGCUGAGACGCAAGACUUUCACGCUCGAGCGGCUCGUGGACAACCUGCCGGAGGACGUGCGCCAGAUAGUCAAGCCUCGAGUCAUGGACCCUGAGGACUGCAGCGACCUCAAAAUUGUCAUAUUCGACAACACAGCGCAACAGAUCGACUCUGGCUUUAGCGUGGGCUGCCACGGCAUGGCAUCCAAGUUUGUCCAGAGCCCCAAAUGGGCGACUGUUGAGGCUAGGCCCUCCGUCUAUAUUCUCGAGUCUGGAUUCGCGGGGUUCAAAGAGUUUGCUCCCGAUUGUGUCAAGGCCCCUGUUGUGACACUUUCAUCUCCAAUUAAUUCUAAUUCUUCCCCUACGGACCUUUCCGGCGCGCCCAACAUGAUGCCCAAGCCCAAGUUUUCUAAUCAUUCUGUGGCCAAUGGUUCGCCCUCUUCCAUACCAGAGUCGCCCCUCUCGUCGAGCUCCCCGGUUUCGGGUCUCUUGAAAUUCCAAUUGCCCGCUUCCAAUGGCUUGCCUCCUCCUUUCAAAAUUGCUCGAAACGAAGAGGUGUUAAAUUUGGAGUCCUACCUGAGCGCUGUGGACCUAGGCGAAAAGCAACGGAGUCUGGGGGGAUCAAUAUCUUCGUUAGAAAACCUAGACUUAUCAUCUCCUCCAUCGAACACUGCAUUCAAAUUUCCAACGGAUCCUUCCAGCAUAAACCAAAUAAAUCUGGCAUCAGGCAACGGAAUUGUUCAUGCCGACAAACUGAACUUUCAAAAAUCUUUUAUUCAACUGCAUAUUCUUUAUGACCGCAACAUGAUAAAUUCCGUUGUACCGCGUUGGUUUCAGGACUUGGCGCACGAACCGAAGCUUGAAAUGAUCUCGCAGUUCCAAAAAAUAGACUUGCUAGAGAAAAAGAGAUUAAGUCACUGUCUCUCAAAUGCUUGCCAACCAUCUAGAGCUCAAACUGCAUCUUACGCGGCCGCAAAUUCCUGCGAUACCGCUGAUCUUGAGCAUUCAAACGGAUUUUGUCCCUCAAGAUGGCUGGAUGAGUAUGAUUCUGACGAAGAAGACCAGAACAUUUGUGUGUCCUCGGGUGUUGAACUAGGAACUAAAAACAGAUACAAGGAUAUUUUCCCAUAUGAACACACAAGAGUUGUUCUAAAAAAGACAAUGCCGGUCUACCAGCAUCACUACGCCAAUGAGAUCUUUGACACCUAUAUCAAUGCAAACUAUCUGACAAAUCCGUUUGUCAGACUCCAGACGCCUCCUGAAAGCGACUGCUUGAACGUGCGCUAUAUUGCCACACAAGCGCCACUUGAAGCGACAAUCCAUGAUUUCUAUACUUGCAUAUUGAACAAUAAUGUACCACUUGUUCUUUCGCUCACGGAUGAAUUUGAAAACGGCGUUGAAAAAUGUUAUAAGUUCUGGGCGGAGGGAAACUACGACGGCAUUAGAAUCAAACUUUUACAAGAGCACGAUCUAGAACUGCCUGAUGUUGGCCCAGGCGUGGGUCCGGUCACUUUGAGAAGGAUACAAAUCAUUUACAAUGAAAAUCAGACUUUCGAGACUCUGCAAAUUCAAAUCAAAGAUUGGCCUGACCUUGGAGUAAUGGUGAACCCUCGCCAAAUUUUGGAGAUGAUAUGUUUGAAAAACAUUGUCAUUUGUCAGAUGUUUGAGAGGCGCGCCUAUUCGCACGACCACUUUCCAACUAUCCUUGUUCACUGUUCAGCAGGCUGUGGGCGCACUGGAACGUUGUGUACUCUCGACACCGUGCUCAGCAACAUGUCGAAGUUCGAUUCUUUGAAGGAGGAGUGGAUAGGGCGUAGAGAUGCCACCGAAUACAAUCCAUGGUCGCCACGGUCAGCAGCUUGCCUCAAUAGCAAACUUUUCGACCCGGUCAUUAUUACCAUCAACAAGUUUAGGAAGCAAAGAAUUUCUAUGGUUCAGAACGUGAAUCAAUACUUGUUCAUUUACGAUUGUUUACUAUCCUUCUUUGACAUGCGCCUAAAAGAAAAAGCGUUUUUGGCGCAUACGUCCAAUCCAUUUAGGAAAACAGGAAAAGGUUUGGAGAUUAUAGAGAGCUUCCUUGGUAGUAAAACUCGUGAGGCAGGGCUUUAG